UUAAAAAUGUUCCGCACACUCACUACAAUACAAAUAAACUGACGUAUCUAAAAAUAACAAAGGAUGUGUAUCACAUGCCAGAAUACAUCAAGACAUUUUCAUAAUUAUUAUCUUAAUGACGUACGUGUAAGAUACAAAGAAACGAAAGCAUCAACAGACUUCAUACUUUCGGAUUCUGUUCUAGACGCUCCCAGUUCGCUUUAAGGCCAGCAGGAAUGGCCGCGUCACCUGUAUACCAAAAGAGACAAUGGGUAUCGAUUACACAUAACGACCAACUGCAGUGUGUACUCCACAAAACACUGAAAUUAAUAACAGUUAAAAUAUAAAGAAAUAAGUGCUGUAUAAUCUUCAUUAAUAUCCUAAGUAAAUAAUAAAGGAAAGAAAUUUAAUCACAAAAACCACAAACUGGAGUAGUAAACGCUUGCAUUUUAAGUGUCAGUUAAACACCAUGAAUUAUUGGUGUGGUGAUGCACUACGGUAACACUUGUGCUUAAAGGGGAAAGUGCCCCGCUUUCGGGCUUGUGGUGAUGGGGCGGUGGCUUUCCUGAGAGCAUCGUCAUUCAGCCCGAUCCUCAAGCCUGCGCAGAGAGAGAAAGAAAGAGAGACAGGGAGGGGUGAGGGAAGGAGGAAAGGAAAGAAAGCGAGAGAGAGAUUCCCUUUGGUAUCGCAUAGAGGCUCCAGACCGUUCCUGCGCGCUGCCGACAGCCGCCGCUGUCCGAUCGGCCAGCAAAAUGUCCUACGCCAGUUACGCCAGAGUGAUCCACUACGCCACCAGCAUCCUGUGCUGCAACAAGGGCUCCAUGGACCUCGUGGAGCUCUACAGGAAAGUUUUCCGCCGUUUCGACAUCACGGAGAACGACUUUUGGUACAUAGUAAGAAAAUGUCCACGCUUUGCCGUGGUGAGGAGCGCCGGCGCCUCUGAGCGGGGGCCGGAGGAUUGGGGAUCCGACUGCACGGUGGUCGCCAAGACGUCCCUGCGGAUCUGCAAGAACUAUACUAAAUACGAGUGCGGUGACUGCCAGGAGCUGCACCUCUGCAAAUAUUUCGUGUACGGAAACUGCAGAUACGGCAAAGGACGGAAGCAGUGUAAGUUCUCGCACGACGUCCGAUCCGAGCACAACUAUCCUCUCCUGAGAGAGUGCACCCUCCACGAGCUGCACGAAGAGGACCUCUUCCUGCUUCUGCUUCAGAAUGAUCCCACUCUCCUCCCCGAGGUGUGCUCCCAUUACAACAAGGGCUCGGGUCCUUACGGGGCCUGCACCUUUAAGGCCACCUGCACCAAGCUGCACAUCUGCCAGCACUUCAUCCAGGACGACUGUAGGUUCGGCCAUCGCUGCAAGCGGCUGCACGCGGUCGACGAGUACGGCCGGCGCAUGCUGGAGGAGCGUGGCCUCAGUGGCGAGAUCAUCCACGACCUGCCGUUUAUUUACAAGAACGUCUACCGGCUCAGCCUGAACACGCCGUACCCCGAGCGAGAGGGCAUGGCGCUCGAACCCAUGGUCAGGCCUGCCCCUCAGAGUGAGGAGAGGACCGAGAUUUGCCUUCAUUUCUUACGGAGGAACUGCCGCUUUCAAGAUCAGUGCAUUCGCAUCCAUUUUAACCUCCCCUACAAGUGGGAGGUGUUUGACGGGGAGUGCUGGAGAGACCUGAGGCACAUGGAGGAGAUCGAGAGGACAUACUGUGACCCCCGAAACACACACAGCCCAGGGUCCCGGCCUGUUGACUUCCUUACCAUGACCCGGGAUUCCGACCCAGUCCGCCGUCUAUCCACGGCCUCUUCAGUCAACAAGCCGCCACACUACAUUUUGACGACCCAGUGGCUCUGGAUCGAAUAUGGAAAAGCUGACGACAAGCAGCGCGUGACCUCGCUGACGUCGAGAGACCUGGAGGUGGCUUAUCUGACCGACAGCAACGCCGAAAUUACCGUGAUGAAAGGCCACAGGCAGUACUACCUGAGUUUCCAAGACAUGUACCAGAGGAACCCCAAGCACAAUACCAAGCGGAAGGUGAGAAGACGACCCAGAUUCAUAUCCAUCACCGAGGUGGAGGAGAAGAUUGCCCGAUAGAACAACUGAUCUAAAACUACACUCUUGGGUCAAAUGACUUUCUGACUGUCCAUGCCAGCCCUACUCCCCCCUCCCGGCCUAGAGGCAGCCUCUGAAACCUUAAUGCACGUUCCACAGCUUCACUGGGGGAACCAAACUGCUGCUGCCUGGUUCCGAUGGGUCUGACAUUUUUGCGGAGGAAGCUCACAUACCGCAAAGCACACAGCUAGCUGGAGAGAGACCCGCCUCAUUUUAUUUUGUUCAUCAUACAUGGGUCUUUUUUUAAAAAAAAAAAAAAUUAGCAAACAUGAAAAUCAGGCUUACGGUUGUGCUGCAUCUCAUCGGCCAGUAUGAUUUGUUCAUGUGAACAUUCUGUUGUGGUGGCUUAAUAUUUACCGCACACACGAACCAUUACUGCAAAUCAUAGCCAGACAAAAGUUUAGAAGCAUCAGUGUAACCUUAGAAGAAUAUUAAAAUGUACUUGAAGUAGAUGCUGAAGUUAGUUAUUAGAAUUAAGGUGUCACUGUUGCAGAACAUUAUGUUAUUUGUUCAGCCCUACUUUAAGCCCCUAUUACUUGUUGGAUUUCCAAGUAUAACCUUGGCACCAUAACAGGUUGUAAUUCCAUUAAAGUGUACACAUUAACCAGAAAUACGUGUGGUAAACGACUGGCUGCAAAAAAAUGAACUAGGUUAGCAGACUGCUAAAAGUGACGUUUAUGAUUAAACGUUUUAACAAAUGCC